AAACCUUACCUCGAGUUACCGGAGAAUCGGCUGGCAUCAUUUUUCCACUGUUACGUGGCUAGGCUAUCUCCACCUACCUUCCUCUAUCUUCCCCGAUUUGAUUCCCCAAACAACAAGUUCAGUUUCCUUUAGUAUUCUCUACACUCUGCUGGUCAUGAGGAACUGCACCGCAACAUAUUCUGAGUUUAAAUCAAAAUACUCCGUCUGAAGCCUUCUACAUACAGUAGUAAUUCAAUCCGUAAUCUCAGACUCCCAGAUCUCAAUUAUACGUCUGCCUAUUUAUCUUAUCCGAACUUAUCAGACAAGAACAAUUUAUGUUAUCGAGAAAGAAAUUCACAUUUCUUGGAUUGCUUGAUCGGUACUAUAAUUGCAGACGCAGAUGAUGUCCGUGAUAUGGAGAUGGAGCAAAUUACGAAACGCGGCGCUUCUAACUGUUGUGUCAGGCAGAGGGACGGUGACGACAACUACUUCAGCUUCCCACUUCAAUUCUCAUGGCAGGAGAAGUAGGGGAUUCUUAAACACACUAAAGCGCCGGGAAUCGCUUAUUGGAGUGCAGGAGAGAUACAAGUGGGGCAGCGCUGGUUCCUCCUCCGAGGCAACCAGGCGGAUCAGGGCGGAGGUAGGUUGCCCUUGUUGCUACAAUCAGCCCGGCCUCAUCCUCACGAACCCUACUCCCCUCCUUGCUUCCGAUGCUGUUAGUAACUUUGUCCCCGAUCAAGAUGGUACUAAUUCGAAGAUGGAAGGUUCUAAUCAGGCACAGAACAAUAUCUGCCCGAAGUGUAAUUCCGCCUACGACAUGGCACCCAUUCAAGGGAGCUUCUUUGAGAUUGAGAGGGUUAAUAAAAAUGGCAAUGUCAAGAAUCCUGGCAGCCGGAUGACAACUGUUGAACAACAUUACCAAAAACCACACAGGUCGUCCUUUUGGGGGGCUCUGAAGUCCUACGGAGGUGAGCCUCCUGAGAAAUGGCCCCCCAACUCGUCACCACCAUCUGCAAAUGGGGUAGCUGUGCAUACUCCUCCAGGCCCACCAUUUGCACCGGGUAUCAAUGUCAUUCGAGCAUCUGCUUUAGGAGGGAAUGACGAUAAGAAUGAGUGGGGUGGGUCUAAUUUGGGUAAGAAUUUACCCACUCCAAAGGAGAUCUGUAGGCGGCUAGAUAAAUUUGUCAUUGGGCAAGAGCGAGCAAAAAAGGUGCUCUCAGUGGCUGUUUAUAACCACUACAAAAGGAUUUACCAUGCUUCUCUGCAAAAGGGAUCGGGAGGAGAGACAGUGUUGGAAGAUAGUGAAGACAGUGUAGAACUGGAAAAAAGCAAUGUGUUGCUGAUGGGUCCUACGGGCUCAGGUAAGACACUGCUUGCCAAAACCCUAGCUCGGUUUGUGAAUGUGCCGCUUGUUAUUGCUGAUGCAACAACUUUAACACAGGCAAGUGCUAACUUCCAACAAAUUUGUUUGGAUGGCUUGGGUCCACUGCCAGUUGCUGAUUUUAAUGUAGAAGCAGCACAACAAGGGAUAGUAUACAUUGAUGAAGUUGAUAAGAUAACCAAGAAGGCUGAGAGUUUGAAUAUUAGCCGAGAUGUGUCUGGGGAAGGAGUUCAGCAGGCAUUACUGAAAAUGCUCGAAGGAACUAUUGUGAAUGUUCCUGAAAAAGGGGCAAGGAAACAUCCUCGCGGUGAGCAUAUUCAGAUAGAUACAAAAGACAUCCUUUUUAUAUGUGGUGGAGCAUUCAUUGAUUUGGAAAAAAACAUUUCAGAGAGACGGAAAGAUUCUUCAAUUGGGUUUGGUGCUCCAGUACGUGCAAACAUGAGAACUGUCGGAGUAACUAAUGCUGCUGUGACAUCUUCUUUGCUUGAAUCUGUGGAGAGCAGUGAUUUGAUUGCAUAUGGCCUCAUACCAGAGUUUAUUGGACGAUUUCCUAUUUUAGUUAGUUUGUCGGCACUAACUGAAGAUCAACUUGUUCAGGUCCUUACAGAACCCAAUAAUGCUCUAUGCAAGCAGUACCGAAAAUUAUUCAGUAUGAACAAGGUAAGUAGUGCCACCUCACGUCUUUGAAGAAUAUAAUGGUGGUGGAUUGACUGCCCAUCAUUUAAUCUUUAAUCCCCCCCUCUGUUAGAAAACAAAAUUAAUACUUUAAGCUUCUCAUUUACUUUUUCAAGGACUAUAAGAAAAUAUUAAAUUGUGAGGUUGAAAUUUAUGUACACUAGAUAAAUAAUGUGAACCAUUCAAUGUUCUUUUUAAAAGGAAUGAAAAUUUUAUUUUGAGACAAACAAAAAGGAAAAUGCAGCAAUCUAUGAAGUUAUGGGAAGAAAAUGCAGCAAUGCAUAAGUGUUUAACACUCAUGUAAAACAUUAUGAUAUGACUCUAAAUAUAGCUACAAAUUGUUUCACCCGGAACAUAACAAAAUUAUGUCUGCAAACGUAUCAACUGUCUUGUUGUCCAUUCAUAUCUUAUUGAAGUACCUUCUCUUGAAUGUAAUGAUAGUAUUAGCCACUAGCAUUCAUGUGCUACCAUUGCUGCAUCUCUAUUCUCGACUUCUGUAUUUGAUAAGGACACUAUUGGCUGCAUUCUACUGCACCAAGAGAUUCUCCAGCAUAGUCAGCAUCAAAGUAACCCUUUAAGAUGUUACGCACUGCUUUUCUUAUAUGUGAGACCAUAGUCCAUUGUAGUCUUGCCGUACAUCAUUAUCCUGCUUCUUGUACUUGAGGCUUUGUCAGAUUUUGCGUUUAGCAGCUCACAACUCCAACAGUCCAACUGGGUAUGUUAUUUUGGGUAGUAGAUUCUACAUAAGUGUUUAACAAAGUGUUUACAUUUUGCAUGAAGUUUCACGUUUACUUCCAUAAAGGUGAUAGAGGUUUGCAGUUCAACAUUCAAAUUUCCCCAAGAGAUGUGCAUAUUUCUGUUGGCACAUGAAUAGUCCAUCUUGUGUGUUUGGUCUCUAUACUGAAAAAGUGGUUUAACUCACCGAGUUAUCUGGAAACAGACUGUUCUCAAUUUGUUGCACCGCAUCCUCAUCCUCAUCAUCUCAUAUAAAUAUCUAAUCAUUCUCAUAUACUGUGCCAAUGUUCAACUUGCAAUCUCGUGUGUUUACAAACAAACUCAAGUCUAAAGGUGGCAUUGGAUAAGCAUUUUGACAAGGAAAUCUUCAAUCUCCAAGGAAAACACUUACAAUUAAUAAGAUAAGGACUCUAGUACAAUAUUGAAGACACCAACGGUGUGAGGGACUUAAUUGGCAUCAAGACAAACUUACCCCUUCAAAUUGGGCCACCUCCACACACUUAGUAUUUGGACUCUUUGUUUGACAAUUCCCUAGGUUUUGAUUUUCCUUUUUUAUUAAUAGAUACCUUAUAUACUAUAGAAUAUAGUUACUGCAUCUGU